UCUUCUUAGAAUUUCAGCAUAGGCUCUCCCCAGUGCAAGGGGUGGCCCAGAGCCGUUAUCAGCUAGAUCUCCACAUUAAAUCAUCAAACUAGCCAUUAUGAGUACAGCUAACAUAUUAUUAUUAAUAUUGUUACUAUUAUUUAGUUUAAGUCUUAAAUGUAGGCCAAUGAACAUGAUCACUAAUUUGAAAGGGAAAAAAAAGAAGCAAGCAAGAGAGAAAUACUCAUAAAUUCAUUCAAACCUCGAAGUUAGAAUUUAAACUCUUAAUUUGAGAUGGCAUCAUUCACAGGCACUACACAGAAAUGUAAAGUAUGUGAAAAGAAAGUCUACUGGGUGGAACAACUCACUGCUGACAACAAAGUGUACCACAAGUCUUGCUUCAAAUGCCACCACUGCAAGGGUACCCUCAAGCUGAGCAAUUAUUGUUCCUAUGAGGGUGUUUUAUAUUGUAAGCCUCAUUUUGAUCAACUAUUUAAAAUGACUGGAAGUUUGGACAAAAGUUUUGAAGGUAUAGCAAGAAUUGCUAGAUUUGAAAGAUCUGCUGAUCAGGUCCAAGCGAAUAAAAAGGUUUCAAGAUUGUUUAUUGGAACUCAAGAAAAAUGUGUUGGUUGCAAGAAAACAGUGUACCCUAUUGAAAAGGUGGGUGUUGAUGGGAAAUCUUACCAUAAGUCUUGCUUUAGGUGCACACAUGGAGGUUGUGUAAUUAGUCCAUCAAAUUAUGUGACACAUGAACAUAGUCUAUAUUGUAGACACCACCAUAAUCAACUCUUCAAGCACAAGGGUAAUUUCAGCCAAUUUCACAAGCAUGAGCAAGUUCAAGGGAUGAUGAUUGAGAACACAACAUCUGAGUAAUAUUAUGCAACUUUGCAUUGGCAAUAUUAGUCCUAAUGAUGACCUUUUUUUGGCAUCAAAUGGCAAUGUUACAAUACCCUUGUCUAUUUGUUUUUUAUUUAUUUAUUAAUUAUUAUGUACUUAUAAUAUCUGUGAGGCAAGUUUGUGAAGAGAACUUUAACUUUGUGGUGAGUUUUUUUAAAGUUGAGAAUUCAGAUGUAAUUGGCAUAUAUAGUUUGGUCUAUUAUUCCAUAAAUCAUAUGUUUUGUGCAUGUUUA